AUGAUUGUUUUGUGUGAUGUGUUUGGCGAAUCCGAAGUGCUCGACUACGCCAUGGUUUUGAACCCCCUUGACGCUGUGUGUAACGUGAAAAGGAACGACGCUGUGUGCGUCAGUAACCUGAAAUCAGCAAAACCAAUCGACAAGGCGAUUCUACAAGAACGACCCGACGUGAAGAUAUUCUUACCAUUCAGGUUCCAUUUGUACAAGCCCAAGGAUCUGUUUGUAGAGAACACAUAUAACAAUUUCUUAGUGGCUCCUGGAGGUGAUCACGUUUUGAGUUUAGUUGACGAAAUAUCAUACAAAGCCGCGCCCGCACCACCAUUAUCUCAAAUGCACGAGCUACCAUCAGACUUGUUCUGCAACGGUGACAAUAGACCAGCGAAUUGUCCUGUCGACUGCCGGUGUACGCAUAUGAUCGACGUCCCCUUAAAUGCCAUAGUAGAAAUUGUUUUAGUCGACGAAGUACAAUCACCAAACCUCUCACAUCCAUUCCAUCUGCACGGGAUGUCAUAUAACGUCAUAGGUAUCGGCAGAUCACCAGACAAGAACAUAAAGAAGAUCAACUUAAAACACACCCUAGAUUUAGACAGAAAAGGGUUGCUGAACAGGCAAUAUAAUUUGCCACCUUUGAAAGAUACCUUAGCUGUACCAAACAAUGGAUACGUAGUGUUAAGGCUAAAAGCUGAUAAUCCAGGAUAUUGGUUGUUCCACUGUCACUUCAUCUACCACAUCGUGAUUGGGAUGAACCUGAUCAUCCACAUCGGUACACAGGGCGACCUGCCCCCCGUACCUCCCAACUUCCCCAGAUGUGGACAUCAUCUACCCGCCAUAACUCCCCCAUACUUCCCCAUACACUAGCAGUAGGUUAGGUAGACAUGGAUUACAAUUUUGAGUUACUAACUAAGAGAAUCGCAAAUUCGCUUGAAAAUAUUAUUUACCGCCAAUCGCCAUAUUAAAAUUGUUGAAAAUAUGGAGAAUGUACGAAUUUUGUAUGGGCGGUAAGCAUUACACACUCCUUUAUACUAUCAAAAAACUAGAAGACCAAAGCUAAGAAUAAAAUCUAUAUUAUGUUUAUUAUUCUUUUAAAUGCAUCAAAAGUU